AAUUAUUGUGAAUAAACAAUGUAAAUGGGGAACAAAGUUUUUGUUUUUACAUAACAAGAUUUCUAAAAAUGUUUUGUUGUCAAUUUAAACCCUCCCCUAGGCUAAGGACAUGAUGCAAGAGUCUAUUUGGCUAUGCAUAAGAAGACAGGUGAAAUAUCAUAUCAUAAAUCUCUAGCGAACGAAAUACAAAUACUUAAGCGCAUUGAUAAUCCAGGAACAGUUUUACUGAAGGGACAUUCUGAGGAUUAUACUUGUGUUCUUUUGGAGUACAUGCCUAAUGAGACAUUUUUAAAGAUCCUAAAAAAGGGACCUUUUCCAUUUCCUUUAGCAAAGACUUUGUCUGGCUACCUAAUUAAGGUAUUGGGAACCCUUCAUACUGAUGGGAUUGCUCAUUGCGACAUAAAACCGGAGAACAUUUUGAUUGCUGCUGACUAUAAUCUAAAACUGUGUGAUUUUGGAUUUGCCAGAGUCUCAAAUUAAAAUUUAAGACCUGCUGGUGGUACUCCAGGAUACACUGCACCUGAAUUGUAUGUGAAUGAGACAAUUAAUUUUUUUAAAUGUGACAUCUUUGCGUUGGGAGUAGUAUUGUUUAUAAUAGCGAUGGGAUUCCCUCCAUUUUAAACGAAUGAUCCAAAUUCAAGAGAUGGGUGGUGGGCGUUAAUCUAUAAUAAAUAAUAUGAAUUAUUCUGGAGCAAAUGCGAAGGUUUUAGAUAACAACAAUUUCCUAAAGAAUUUAAGACGAUGAUUAUGUCUAUGUUGGAGAUUGAUCCCGAUAAGAGGAUAUCUUUAGACAAGUUGCUGGAACAUGAAUUCCUUGUGGAUGGAGCAACUGAGGAGGAAGUAUUAAUGGAGAUACAGAAGAGGGUGAAGGAAUGA